AUGGAGUUUGAAAGACCUAAUCAAAUUUCAUUAUUUGUGCUUGAGGUAUCAGGGUGUCCUUAUGAUCCAGACCCAGAUAAAAUCAAUAAAGAUAGAAGCAAGCUAAUGAAAGAAGGGAUCUAG